UGUUCCGCUCACAAUCACUCAAGGAUUCGGCUUCACAACUCAAAGCGAGUCUUCUUCCCCCUCCAAAUUCUGUGCGAGUAGAAAGCUCUGCUACUGUUACAAAUUCCAAGGGAGGAAGGGUUUUUGUAACGUCUCCGAAAUUGGGGGUGGUUGACUUGAAUUACGUUUUGGCUGAAGGAAAUAGUGUGGUUAUGUAAGCAAAUUAAACCCUAAUCGGAAGUUCCAUCAGUUCAUAUUGGUGGAUCUAGGGCCGUUGGGGAUAUGUAAAGUUUGAAUAGGAAAUUGAUUCGGAAAUGAGUGGCGAAGAGAGUCAAACUGAUUAUAUUGGGGCCAUGCUUGGGGUGAAUGUGGAGUCCGGAGUAGAUGAGAGUUGUUGUUUGAAAGAUGGUAGUGGAAAUCUAAAUGCUCAUGUGACUGGAAUGCAACCUAGAGAGGCGGUAAUGCAGCCUUUGAUGGUUGGGGAAGUAUUGCAGGAUGGUUAUGUAAGGGAAGAGGAUGGAAUUUUUGAAGUUGAGGUAAAGAUGGAUGGUGAUGAAUAUCUAGGUGUGGGUGGUCAGGACGGAGUUCCGAAUCCUACUAUGGAUUUGAAUACACAGCGGAUGUUUGUAGGUGAAGUUUCUGUAAAUGGGGUUGGAAAUGAAGGAACUGGAAUCGAUUCUGCUGGUAGUAUUGAAGUAGUUGGCUCAAAUAGCAUGCGAAGCAGGGUAAGUCAGGGACAGUUGAUAACUAUACAGCCUGCAUAUGCAGAAGAAAUGGAUAUUAAUCACAUUGCUCUGAUUCCGAGAAGUCGUGAGGAGGAGUCUAGAACAGAGGAAGAAGGGCAGUUUUAUGUGUCUGAUCUAGUGUGGGGCAAGGUGAGGAGCCAUCCUUGGUGGCCGGGGCAGAUAUUUGAGCCUUCUGCUGCAUCACAGAAAGCCAUGAAAUAUUUUAAGAGAGACAGCUACUUAAUAGCCUACUUUGGGGACCAAACAUUUGCAUGGAAUGAAGUGUCACAGAUAAAACCCUUUAGGAUGUACUUCAACCAAAUGGAGAAACAAUCCUCUAUAGAAUCCUUCUGUCAUGCUGUGAAUUGCUCAUUGGAUGAGGUUUCUCGAAGAUUUGAGUUUGGGCUCUCCUGCUCAUGUGUGCCAAAGGCUGUGCGAUGUAAAUUUGAAUCUCAGAGUGUUGCCAAUGCUGGCAUUCGAGCAGAAUCAAGUCAAAGGGAUGGUGGCGACAAACUGUCAACUGUGGCCUCUUUCUGGCCUGGAGCACUUCUUCAAUGUUUGAAGUCAAUAGCAACAUCCCCAUGCUGUGUGGUUGAUAGACUAGGAUUUGUGGUGGCAAGAUCUCAGCUGCUGGCAUUCAGCCGUUGGAAGGGUUAUUAUGAGCUACCUGCAGUGGAAGAGUUUCGUGGUCUGGACGGAUCAGUUCUGGAUUUGACUGAUAAUGCCAGUAUUGCAACUGGAAAAAGGAAGUCAACCAUCAGAGGUCCUUAUCGGAAGCGUAAACUGUGGUCAAAGGAUAAUGGCUGCCUUGAGAAGAAUGGAACAUUGAUGUUUGGCAAUAUUUCAAGUUUGCCUGAUGGUGGCAAGGACUAUAUGGAUGAAUCUGAUAGGCAGAUUAACAUUUCUUCUAGUAAUAGCCAAAAACCAAGUGACUUGAUAUUGAGUGAGCUUAAAGUAAAGAGAAGAAAGAAACUAUUGCCUUCAGGGACUGGAAGUAAUAAGUCAUCACCACCAAGGAAACAUCUUAAGAUUGGGCAGCGGAUACAGAGGCCUGCUGUUCAACUUGGAGGAUCAACUACAGUUAUCAAGCCCGGAGUAGAGUUCCUUUCUUUAGACAAUGUACUCUUAAACCUUUCCUUGGCUGCCAAAGAUCCCACUAAUGGGUAUCACAUUUUGGCUCCAUACACCAAUAUUUUCUCUGGCUUAAGGAAAUUUAAAUCUUUGGAAACUUCCAAGUUAAAAGAUCAGGAAGUUUUAGUUCAAAAGUGCAGAGGAGAAAGCUCAUUGAAUUAUGAAACAACUGAAUCACCUGCACUUAAUGGCAUAGAAGAUUCAUAUUGGACUGAUAGAAUUAUUCAAGGGAACCUUGAAGAGCAGGUGUUAUAUGAGCCUGAAGACCAAAAUGAAAAGAUAAUUCCUGUAGGCCAGUUAGAUGCUGUUUUUGGUCUCAACCUAGGUGCAGACAAACGAGAAAGAGUUGGUAUACUUAUGCAUUCAGAAGCUGAAGAUCCAUCUGGUUUCAUUGAUGGACAACAGAACCUUGAAGAGCAGGUGUUAUAUGAGCCUGAAGACCAAAACGAAAAGAUAAUUCCUGUUGGUCAGUUAGAUGCUGUUUUUGGUCUCAACCCAGGUGCAGACAAACAAGAAAGAGGUGCUAUACUUAUGCAGUCAGAAGCUGAAGAUCCAUCUGGUCUCGUUGAUGGACAACAGAACCUUGAAGAGCAGGUGUUAUAUGAGCCUGAAGACCAAAAUGAAAAGAUAAUUCCUGUUGGUCAGUUAGAUGCUGUUUUUGGUCUCAACCCAGGUGCAGACAAACAAGAAAGAGGUGCUAUACUUAUGCAGUCAGAAGCUGAAGAUCCAUCUGGUCUCGUUGAUGGACAACAGAACCUUGAAGAAGAUCCAUCUGGUCUCGUUGAUGGACAACAGAACCUUGAAGAACAGGUAAUAUUUGAACCUGGAACUGAAGAUGAGAAGAAUAUUCCUGUUGGUCAACCAAAUGCUGUUGUUGGUCUCAACCCAGGUGCAGACAAUCAAGAAAGAGCCACCAUCAUUGUGCUGUCAGAACCUGAAGAUCCAUCUGGUUCUGCGGAUGGAGGAGCUGAGGAAGAUUGUCCUACUGAACUGAUUCUCAACUUUAAAAACCUGGAAUCUGUUCCCUCAGCAGCAGAUCUAAAUAAAACAUUUAGCGAGUUUGGUCCUCUUGAUGAGUCUCAGACUGAAGGUAUGCACAAGACCAAGCGUGGAAAAGUUGUGUUCAAGAGGCGCUCUGAUGCCGAAAUUGCUUUCGGCAGCGCUGGUACAUGUAGCCUUUUUGGGCAUUCGCUUAUCAGCUACCGCCUUAACUAUGCUCCUAGGCCACGCAAAGUUCCUGUUUCAAACCGUAAAAGAAAGAAAACUCUAUCAUCCACAGAAAGCAAUGACAUCCAAAGUUUUUAAGUGGGAUGACUUAGCACAGUAGCCUUUGUUGCUAUAUAUUUUUGUGUCCAUAGUUGGAAUUGAAGAAUCCUGUUCACUUGGCUAUUACAUACACUGAUGUAGGUUAGUAUUACGUGCUGAUGAGAGUAAUUAGUUAGUUAAGAGCUGAUUACCCUUUAUGUUUGACCAGGAGCUGUAGUUUUAGUAACUACUUUUCUUUCUUUUUCUUCCUUGAAGAAUUUUAUUUCUUUUUCUAUUUUAUUUGCCUCCUUGAUUCUGAAUUCUGAAUUCAUUAUUAUCAUACAA